AAUAUGCACGAAACCGGCAGCGCCGUCCAAACCCUCGUUACCGGGUUUUGGUAUAAAAGUUAAAAAUAAACACUUGUUUCCGUCGAAUCUGCUUUAGCUAUUGCUAACAAGAAGUAGCAAAAAGCAGAAAUCAAGACUUGAAAAUCGAAUUAUCGCGUCUGAUUAUCUCUGUAUACGGAAUCUCGUGGGUGAGGAUGCAAGGGCCAGGCUCCAAUGGUUUGGCCCAGCUUCAGGCAACCAUGCAUGCCGUCGAGCUCGCCUGCACUUCUAUUCAGAUGCAUAUCAAUCCGGCAGCAGCUGAGGCAACACUAUUGUCUCUACGAUCGACUCCACAGCCAUAUCAGGCAUGCCAAUUUAUUCUUGAGAAUUCUCAGGUGCCAAUUGCCAGGUUUCAAGCUGCUGCAGCAAUUCGUGAUGCAGCGAUAAGGGAAUGGGGUUUCCUCAUAGCUGAUGACAAGAGAAGCUUGAUUAGUUUUUGCCUUUGCUUUGUUAUGCAACAUGCUAGCUCACCUGAGGGCUAUGUCCUGGCAAAGGUUUCUUCUGUGGCUGCUCAAUUGAUGAAAAGGGGCUGGCUUGAUUUUACGGCUGUGGAGAAGGAGGCAUUUUUUAAUCAGGUAAACCAGGCAAUUCUUGGCAUUCAUGGGAUAGACGUGCAGUUCAUUGGAGUCAAUUUUCUGGAAUCUUUGGUAUCUGAAUUUUCCCCGUCUACUUCAAGUGCCAUGGGCCUUCCUAGGGAGUUUCAUGAGCAAUGCUGGAGGUCAUUAGAGAUAGAUUUUUUAAAGACGUUCUACACCUGGGCUCGAAAUGCUGCUAUAAGUGUCACAAAUAGGAUAAUUGAAUCCAACUCUGAAGUACCGGAGGUUAAAGUUUGUAAUGCUGCAUUGCGCCUCAUGCUUCAGAUCCUGAACUGGGAUUUUCGGUACAACAGCAACAGCACGAAAUCCAGUAUAAAUGUUUUCUCUGCUGUAGCUAGGCAUGAUACUGAUUCACCUAGGGGAUCUGAGUGUACCUUAGUGCAGCCUGGUCCUGCUUGGCGUGAUGUUUUGAUUUCAAGUGGCCAUAUAGGGUGGCUCCUGAGCUUAUAUGCAGCACUUAGACAGAAGUUUUCGUGUGAAGGUUACUGGAUUGACUGCCCCAUUGCAGUCUCUGCUCGUAAAUUAAUUUUGCAAUUCUGCUCAUUGACAGGAACCAUUUUUCUUUCUGAUAAUGGGAAAAUGCAUGAACAUCAUUUGCUGCAGCUGCUCUCAGGGAUGAUAGAUUGGAUUGAUCCUCCUGAUACAGUUUCAAAAUCGAUUGAAUGUGGAAAAAGUGAAAGUGAGAUGCUCGAUGGUUGUCGUGCAUUGUUGGCCAUUGCAAAUGUAACAACUCCCUUUGUGUUUGAUCAACUCUUGAAGUCCAUAAGGCCUUUUGGUGCUCUUACCCUGUUAUCCACCUUAAUGUGUGAGGUCAUUAAAGCCCUUAUGAUGAGUAACACUGAAGAGGAGACAUGGAGCUGGGUGGCCCGUGAUAUCUUGCUGGAUACAUGGACUGCCCUUCUUGUGCCAUUUGAUAGUUCUGGUGGGAAAUCAAUGCUUCCUCCUGAAGGUGUAAAUGCUGCUGGCAAUCUCUUUGCCUUGAUUGUAGAGUCAGAGCUAAAAGCAGCUGUAUCUUCUGCAUUGACCGAUGAUGAUGACGAUGACUACCUUCACACCUCGAUCUCUGCCAUGGAUGAAAGGUUAAGCUCAUAUGCUCUUAUUGCAAGAGGAGCAAUUCAUGUCGCAAUUCCUUUGCUCACAAGGCUUUUUUCUGAACGCUUUGUACGGCUUGAUCAGGGCAGGGGAGUUAUUUAUCCAACUGAAAUUUUGGAGGAAGUUUAUUCGCUUUUACUUAUUGCUGGGCAUGUUGUUGCUGAUGAAGGGGAGGGAGAAACGCCCUUGGUUCCAUAUGCUAUACAAACUUACUUUGCAGACAACAUUGAAGCAGACAAGCAUCCCGUUAUUGUACUUUCUAGCUCAAUUAUAAGGUUUGCUGAGAAAAGUUUAGAUGCUGAAUUGAGAGCAUUGGUUUUCAGUCCUCGACUCAUGGAGGCUGUAGUAUGGUUUCUUGCAAGAUGGUCCCAUACAUAUCUUAUGCAUCCUGAAGAAAUUAAAGAGGGUAACUCAGCUCAUGAUCAAGAUCAUCAGCUGCGUUUGCUGCAGACGAGAAAAGGUUUGCUUAAUUUUUUUGGAGAAGGUAUUCAAGGCAGACUUGUGCUUGACAUUAUAGUUCGCAUAUCUAUCACAACACUGAUGUCAUAUCCUGGGGAGAAGAAUUUGCAGGCACUCACCUGUUACCGGCUACUUCAUGCACUUGUUCAGCAUAAACAUAUAUGUGUUCACCUUUUUUCACUGGACUCAUGGCGCAACCUAGCACAUGCUUUUGCUAAUGAAAAAAGUUUACUCUUGUUGAAUACGGCUCAUCAGAGGUCACUUGCACAAACACUUGUUCACUCCGCUUCUGGCUUGAUGAAUUCAGAUGCAUCAAAUCUGUGCAUAAGGGAUCUUGUGGGUCAUAUGGUGACUUGUUUAGGAGAAUUGUCUGGCAAGGAUGACUUCAAAAUUGUUGCUCAACAACCAGAUAUAAUACUCAUGGUCAGUUGCAUGUUGGAACGGCUUCGUGGAGCUGCAAGUGCCUCAGAACCUCGGACACAAAAGGCAAUAUAUGAGUUGGGUUUAUCAGUUAUGAACCCAGUUCUGGUUCUUCUGGAAGUUUACAAACAUGAGUCUGCAGUUGUUUAUCUGCUACUUAAAUUUGUUGUUGCCUGGGUAAACGGACAAAUUGCUUUCCUAGAGGCUGGUGAAACUGCUGUAGUUGUUGACUUCUGCAUGCGUUUGCUUCAGCUGUACUCAUCGCACAAUAUUGGCAAGAUAUCACUAAGCCUUUCAAGCAGCUUGCUAAGUGAGGCAAAGACCGAGAAGUAUAAGGAUUUGCGUGCUCUUCUUCAACUCCUUUCAAGCCUUUGUUCAAAAGAUCUGAUUGAUUUUUCGUCAGAUUCUAUUGAGACACAAGGCACAGAUAUAUCUCAGGUUGUUUAUUUUGGUCUACACAUAGUUACCCCUCUGAUAUCUUUGGAUCUGCUGAAAUACCCCAAGCUCUGUCAUGAUUUCUUCUCUUUGCUAUCCCAUCUCUUAGAGGUCUAUCCUGACACAGUUGCACAACUAAACAGCGAAGCCUUUGCUCAUAUACUUGGCACUCUCGAUUUUGGUCUUCACCAUCAGGAUACCGAAGUAGUUGAUAUGUGUCUAAGAGCUCUGAAAGCUCUUGCUUCUUACCACUACAAUGAGACAGGCAGUGGUAGAACAGGCUUGGGCUUACAUGCUUCUGGAAUCAUGGAUCCAGGAGGAAAUUUUCAGGAAGGCAUUUUGAGCCGGUUUCUUCAUUCAUUGCUGCAGUUACUCCUUUUUGAGGAUUACAGUCCGGACCUGGUCAGCAGUGCAGCAGAUGCUCUCCUUCCUUUGAUUCUUUGUGAACAAGGCUUAUAUCAGGCUGCAACACUCCCUCAACCCUGAUGGUCACAAGCAAGCAGCCACAUGCUGCUGCCCCUUGCUGAAAACCUCCCAUGGCAACAGUGAACUAAACUAGUUAUUGGUGGAAAUCGAACUCCACUGCGUCUCUGAGCUGUACUCCUCCCCCAGAAGCAUUUGAUCUUUUAGGUGAUGCAGCAACCGUAUUGUCCUUCAAAUUAUGCUCCGGUGAAGAAGGUGGAUAUGGUGAAAGGGACUGCCCAUCUUGAUCUAAAUCAUUCUGUGUUCGCGGUGAUCCAGCAACUGGAUUUUUCCCUGAUUUCCGCUCCAGUGAAGAAGGUGGAGUUGGUCAAGGAGGCUGCCUAUUUUAUAUGAAAAAUCUGAUAAUCUUUGGUAUACUUAUGGGUUUUUCUCCUCCAAACCCCGAAUCUGAUAAUCUUGGGGAUACUUCUGGCUCUCCACAAUUUGGUUCCAUGCUCUCAGAGACAUCUUGGAGCUUGGCGGGCCCAAAAUCAAAUUCAAGUGUCUUUGCUGAGUGGAUCAGCUGUGGUUAGUGAGUCAGUGGUCACACAACUCCCUCUCUUGUCUGUCGUUGACAGCAAUGUUGCGUUGGUUAAACCUUAAUCAUUGUGGUGGCAGCGUUAUUGAUCAUGUCUAUGGCUCUCUAGCAAUACCCAUGUCGUAGUAUUAUGAGCCAAAGAUGGAAUGCAACGUGGGGUUGGAAGGUUCAGAGGAGUUGUGGGAAAAGCAGUGAAGCGACCUCAAUUUUGAGCUUCAAAACAAUUGAAAGAAAAGAUCGUUUUAGCAGAAAAAGAAAAUAUCUGAAAAUUUUAUAGAAGCAUGAUUGAUGCUAUUUUAGAAACUUAACGGACACUCACUUAAUGCAAGUCGACAGGGGGACCACAUUGAAUGCAAACUCAAAAUAUUUGAGAUUAGGGGACAAGGUGGUUGUAUUUAGUGGCUUUCCUUAAUCCAAUAUCACCUUUAUUAGAGCCACACAAUGUUGGGAAGUUGACGCUUUCACGGCAUUCUACAAUCUUGUAUACUCUAGUAAAGUGAGUGGGGGAGGCGCAGAUAAGAUCUUUUGGCAUCCCUCUAAGAAGGGGAAAUUCCCCAUCCAGACAUCCUACAAGUCUCUCCUAAUGCAAAACACCAACACAUUCCCAUGGAAGAACCUUUGGAAGACUGAGGCUUCUUUAGGAGCCGAUUUCUUUUUAUGGACGGCCUCCUUGGGGAAGAUACUCUAUUCAGAAAUGCCAAAUUAUUGUUAUGGAUUAGUUUUGUAUGUCUAAAAAAUGUGGAAAUUCCGUUGACCACUAUUACUUCAUUGUGAAGCGUCCAUGACCCUAUGGAACGAUAUCUUUAGAGUCAAGCUAGCUUAGGUGAUGCCAAGAAGGGUGGUUGAGUUUCUAGCAAAUUGGAGUGGCAUUUGUGGCAACUCACAAAUCGCAGCAAUUUGGAGGAUGAUCCUGACCUGUCUUUGGUGGUGCCUUUGGAGAGAGAGAGAUGAAAGAAGUUUUGAAGAUCGCGACCAAUCAAUGGACGAACAUAGAAUGCUUUUCUUUUAUACCUUACUCCAUUGGUUGAUUGCAAUAUAUUUCAUGGCAUGAAUAUUCAUGAGUCCCUUGUAUCCCUACACAAUCAUGCAUGGGUAUUGGCUCUUGUAUGUCUCUUGUACUUCAACUAUGCCUACUUUCUAUCACCAGUAAAAUUCUUAUUUACCAAUAAAAAAAUGUGAUGAAGUUGAUGAUAUCAUUAUGGCA